AUGUACGAAUACCAAUAGUUAGAAUACAAUAGAGUAGCCUAUGAGCGAAUGGAAAGAUUUAUUUACUAUAGCUUAAAAAUAAGUACUUUUCUUUAGUUAUGGAAUUCAUAUAAUAUCAUAGAAUAAUUUUUUGAUGAUAGUUUAUUUCUAUCAAUAUUAUGCUUGGCAGUAUUCUACCUUUCAAGAAAAGUUUUAUUAAUAUAUUACUGUAAAAUAAAUGAUAAGUAUGCACAAAAAGAUAAAAUUAAAGUUAUUUUAUAUUUGAUUUUUUCUUUAGAAGAGUUAGCGUUUCGUAUAAAAUAAAAAGAGCUAAAAAGAAUUGUAAGGAUUCAUUAUUUGAGUAAGGAUGAUCUUCUAUCAAAUAAAUUUGUAAUCAACUACUUUAUGGCUUUAGUUUAGAUAGUUUUUGUCCUUAAUUUGCCUGAAAUAUAAAAUUUAAUAACAAUUUUACAGCUACUACUUCCUCUACUUUUUAGUGCUUUAAUUAUAUGCGAAAUUUAAACAAAUAACUUGUAUGCUUUCAAAAAUGAAAAUGGACUUUUUUGGAAUUAUUAUUUUAAUGCCAAAAUGACUAAGUAAUUCUUAUAUCGGUGGAUUAGUUAAUUAUUCAUGAUAAUUUGCUGUUGUAUAUGCUCUUAAAUCUAAAAUAUUUUUAAAUAUUAUAUAAUAAUAACUAUUUUUUUAGUUAUUUUAACAAUGAUACAUCAAAUAUAAUACCUAAAAAGGAUAUCUGAUAUCGACACAGCAAUAAUAUCAUAAAAAUUAUUUAUAAUUACUUUGAUCUCAUUUAGUCAUAUAUCUAUAGAACCUAGAGAAGUGAGUGAUGAAUACUACAAAAAGAAAGAGCUAAUUUAAAUUAAGUGCUGUAAUGCAUUCAUAGUUACACUUCUUACUUAAAAAUUAUACAUCUAUUAUCAUUUGUUAAUUAUAGCACCUAACGAAAAUAUCUUUGGUUUUGGUAACUAUCUUUGGAUUUAUUAAUUGCUAAUUAUACUAGACUUGUUUCUUUAAACAAAGUUGCUUAUGAAGUAUAUUGUAAUUCCAUAGUUCAAUGGACCAGAAUAUUUUGAAAUAUAUGAUAUUAGCAAUUCAUAUUACUUAACAGAAAAUAAACACAAAUUUAAGAAUUUGAGAUUCAUCAAGGUCAAAUGUGAAAGAGAUAUCUCUCUAAAGCUUAUUUUAUCUUCUUUUUGUAAUUGUGAAAUUAUCAGAGUUGGAUAUCGUGAUGAUGAUAAUAUUAGGAAAUUCAUAGAAUCAACACAAUAUUAGGAAGUUUUAUUUUUAAAUAGUAUAGAUAUCAAAGAAUUUGAAGAAGUUAUUGCAGCUAAUUCGAUUAAUUGUAAUAUCCUAAAAAUUAAAUUUGACUACGAAAUGAGAUUUUAAGAUUUGCUAUAAUUUUCCAAAAUUUUAGUUAAGUAUGAUGCAUUCGUUCUUAUAAUUAAUUCAAAAAUGUUAAAUAAAUAUAAUUUUAUUUAUUCAGAUAAGUUUUAUGAAUUAUAACAUAAUCUAAUAUAUAUUCAAGUGUAAUCAACAAUAUGUAGAAAAGUCUUUUACUAGAAAUAUUUGAUGGAGUUUAUACCUCUAAAUCCAGCCAUAGUUCUCUACGACUUGUAUGAUUGA